AUGAGAGCCCUCACACUCCUCGCCCUGCUGGCCCUGGCCACACUUUGCAUCACUGGCCAGGCAGGUGCGAAACCCAGCGGUGCAGAGUCCAGCAAAGGUGCAGCCUUUGUGUCCAAGCAGGAGGGCAGCGAGGUGGUGAAGAGACCCAGGCGCUACCUGUAUCAAUGGCUGGGAGCCCCAGCCCCCUACCCAGAUCCCCUGGAGCCCAAGAGGGAGGUGUGUGAGCUCAAUCCGGACUGUGACGAGCUGGCUGACCACAUCGGCUUCCAGGAGGCCUAUCGGCGCUUCUACGGCCCGGUCUAG